CACUAGACUUUUAGGUUAGUUUUGCAUUUGAUUCAAGUUUGGGUAUAAGUUUGGGAUUAAAAUCAAGUUGUGGGUUAGUUUUGGCAAAAACUCCUUUUAUAUAUAGUAUUUUUUCGUAGUUUGUCAAUAGUCUACAAGAAAAUAUGAUAAACAUUUAUCUCGUUGACCAAAAAAGACUACAAGAAAAUAUAUAAAAAUAUAUUAUAGAAAAUUUUAACGGAAAACUGAUAACCUAUAUCCUAAUUUCGUCGUAUAUAAAUAGAGUAUUAACGAUACAAAGAAAGAAAGAUAAAAGAGUAUUGCUAACUGACUACAAUUUGACGUCUUUCGUUCGCCGCCUCUGACGCCGACGAGAGCCACCGCGGAAGAUCAACAAACCGAUGUCGCCGUCACAGUUUUCCUCACUGCCUAACGACAUAGCGUGGCAAGUCUUAGCCCGCGUGCCGAAAUGCAAAUACCCACUCCUCGCUUGCGUCUCCAAGAACUUCACUUAUCUUGUUCAGUCGCCGGAGAUUCACAAGAUUCGCUCUCUCCUCCGCAAAGAUUCCCUCUACAUCUCCUUCAGGAACAAAAACGAUCGCGCCCAGAACCCGCGUUGGUACACUCUGCGCAGAGCGGAGAACAAUCCGAGCGAGAACCAGUUCGUCGUCUCCGUCAACCCCGCGCUUCCUAACCAUUACCACCGCAUGCCCUCGAUCGUCGCUCACGGUCCGGAGAUUUUCUUUAUCUGCGGCCCGUUCUUUCAGUCGCCAAGCUUUUGGGUCUUUGAUUCUCGAACCGACGAGCUUCGACGAGGACCAACCAUGAACGCGAACCGAACGUACAAAAGCGUGGGAGUAGUCGGGCGCAAGCUAUACGUGGUCGGAGGAGUAAGAUCUAACGAGAAUGUCGCCGAGUCAUUUGACCUAGCGACGGAAACUUGGGAGCCAGCGCCGAUCCCUAAGGAAGAAAAGACGUGGCACGCGUCUGCCACGGUGUCAUUAGACUGGAAGGUGUGUGCGUUAAUGCUCGUUGGAGCCUACGCUGUUUGCUACGAUCCUUGGGAUGGUUCUUGCCAGAGUUUUGCUUUGCCUAAGGAUAAGUGGUGGAAAACGGGUGUUUGUGGGAUGGAGAAUGUGCUCUACGUUUAUUACGCUAGGUUCGGGCUGAUGUGGUAUGACACUGAGCUGAGGGUAUGGAGAGUGGUGAAUGGUUUGAGUGAUGUCAAAAAGGUUCGAUCCGUUGGGAUGGCGGAAUACUAUGGAAAGGUGGCGCUUUUGUGGAAAGAACAUGGUGGUUGUGGAAAGGAGAUUUGGUGUAGAAUGAUUGCUAUGGGUAAGUGUGAAGAAGGGGUCAAGGGGACUGCAGAAUCGGCUCAACUUCUGGGGAGUGUCCCUGAUGGCUACAGAAUGGAUCAUUGUCUAUCAGUUUCAGAUUAAAGAAGAUAGAUUGAGCUAAUUAUUUUGAUGUGUGGGCUAUGCUAUUCUGUUUACUAAUACUUUUGCCAUCGUUGUACAAAAGCAUGUGGUGCUUGCACAUGUGUUAUGUGCUAUGCUAUUCUGUUUACUAAUACUUUUGCCAUCGUUGUACAAAAAGCAAGUGGUGCUUGCACAUGUGUUAUGUUGUUUCCAGUUUAAAACAGGCCGGGGAACCAGACAAUGAAUUCAUUUGAAUAUCAAUGAGUUUGUAUUUUCAGUUUGAUUGUUGUAUAGAUUCUCGGAUUCUCCUAGGUAUUUUCAGCAGUAGUAGCAUACGUGAGAUGAUUGGUGAUAAUAAUGAUUUUUUGUGCAGUCAAGACGUGUGGGUGAUGGCUAAAUAUACAGUUACUGUUCUUUGUAAGUUUGACCCUGCUCAAUGAACCUUCUCUUGGGAUUCAUUUUUUCAAUUUUUUAUUAUUAAUUUUUUUUUUCUUUUUGAUUUUUCUAGACCAAUCGUGGGCCGCCACGACACAUGGGAUCCGCGCUACAAUGAUGAACUUUAGAAGAGAGGGGUUCAGCCAAGAGAGCUUUAGGAGAGAAAAAUUCAUGUGAUUGAGUUAUUUUAUUAUUAUUUUCUUGAUUUCUGUGUAAACUUUCCCCAUAAAUGGGGGUGCUCUCAUAUUUAUUAUGGGCUUUGUCAUUAGGUGGGAAUUGUUGGAGCUCACAUGAUUAGGAUUUACAAGCAUUAAUUAGGGCUAGAAGUUUAUUAAAUGAAUAAAUUUUAUCCUUUCUGUGUUUUGUAUGGAAGCCAAGGUUAUUGACUUCUAUUAUCUGCAAAGACAAUUUGACAAACUUAUACUUUAACCAUGGGGUGUUCUGUGGUGCUCCUAAUGUUUGCAUAGAAAUAAAAUGGAAGGGAUUCUAAGAUGUCUAAAUCUAAGUAAUACGAAGAUCUGUUAUACAAUUAGUGAUUGUGAUAUAUUACAAAGGUUGACUACAAAUUCAAGAAAUCAGAUGAUUCAACGUUGCUUGUGUGAAUUAAUUUGAUAUAUUCAUGUAUAUAUAUAGUAUAUAUAUAUUUUGAUGUGUUUGUGCCGGAUACAGAGAGGUCUUUAUCUGUAUGUCGGGUGCCGGGUACAGAGAGGUGUUUAUCUGUAGCCCGGAUUGUAUAGAGGUUACGGUCAGCUAUAGUCGACCUGUUGAUCGUAGCCUGGUCGGAGGAGUAAGAUCUAACGAGAAUGUCGCCGAGUCAUUUGACCUAGCGAUCAAGUAAUUAAUUCAGACUCGAUUUCAGACAGACGGAACAUAUUAGAAAUAAAUUAUAGUUAUUCAAGGUCCUAAGCCGUGUAUGAGAAGUUCGGGAAUAGACCCUCACCUUAGCCAAAAUUGGAGAUGAAUCACAAAAAUGAUCCAAGAUCUCGUCCAACAAGACUCAGUCCAACUUUAGAAUUAAUUACUUGAAAUACAAGUAACACUAAAGUUGCAUGAUUGCAUCCUGCGCGCAUGUGCAUGAAUAAGGUUUACGUUAUAUAUUUUUCUUGCAACACAAGGACCAAUAACAAUGGUACUUAACCUCACGGCUUAAGCUUCUCGGACUCCGUCGACGGAAGCUGUGACUCAGGUGGCUCACGGUUCAUAAUGGUGUUGAUCGGUGUUGGUAGUGUCGAGACGCUGAUGGAUCUGGUUUCACUCUCUUUCUUAGUCUCCGCCUGUUCACGUUAUUGAACAAAAGCAUGGUAAUAUCGAUGGAUCUAUUGCAACAAGAUUAUGACAGUGGCAUGACGACGGCUCCGGUGUUGAUAGUGAAGAUGAUGACUCCGGUCAGGGCCGGCUCAACACUGAUAGGGGCCCUAGGGCAAAAAAAAAAAUUUUACUCUCUAAAAUAUAUAUAAAGAUAAUGUUUAAAAUAUUUUAAAAAUUUAAUCAAUAAUAUUUUUUAUAUUUUGUAAUGAAAAUAAAACUAUAUACAUAUCAAAUAAUUUUGGGCCCUUUUCAAUUUUAUUUAUUAUAUUUAUAAUUUUUUUAUAUAUAAAAAUAUAGAUUUAUAAAAAAUUGGGCCCCUUAUUUAUCAUUACACGGGGGGACACGGGCUCGGACCCGGGGCGGUCGCACCGCUUGUCCCCCCUUGUAAGCCGGCCCUGACUCCGGUGGUGGGACACGGCUUGAUAAUGGUGGCUGGAUCAAACUCCGGUGAUCACGGCAACGGUCCCGAUGGUGCUGGCACGGUGAUGCGACAAUGCAAGCUGACACUCCGGUGAUGAACCGAUCACAUCCUUAGAGAUUGGCGCUGGUGGUGAUAAAACGUGACGGCUCUCUCUCUAACCCACGAUGCGUUUUUUUAUUAGGUUUGAGAAGGAGAUAUAUACACAUGCAUAUAUAGCACGGUUUAAGAAAUGGUCUGGUACAAUUAAUUAACAAAUGAAUCACACCGGUUUGGGUGAACCGGGUCGUUACAAUUCUUCCCCACUUAAUUGGAAUUCGUCCUCGAAUUCAAGUCUCUAUACUCGUCUACUAGUUUUAUUUUCCAAAAUAAAAUUUCAAUAUUCAAUCCUCAUCUUAGACUCGGUCUCUCAAGUUUCCUCUUGGAUCUUAUCUCUUUCUUAUUCAACUUUGAUCAAUAUGGUCAUCAUUUCUGAACUGCUUCCACUUGUUGAUUUGUAAUCUCCACAGACUCGAUGAGUGUAGACAAUUUUUUUUUUUAAAGAUCACUUGGUGGCUGCUGUAAAAUAAGUUUUGGCCCUCGCACAACCUUCCUCAAUACUGACACAUGGAACUCAUCGUGAAAGUUUGACAACUCUGCUGAUAACUGCAAUCUAUAAGCCACAACUCCAAUCUGCUCCACAAUAAGGUACAGUCUCAUAUAUCUCGGCUUAAGCUUCCUUAGCUCUCGAGUCUUAGAUCCUCUGAAAUGUCUUCAUUUUCAGGUACACUAAAUUAUCCAAUUAAACUUCCAAGUCUCUCGAGCAUUAACUGCAUUUUUUUUUGUUUUUUUAGCCAUCAACUUCCUUAAGGUGGUUAUUGAGCAUUGUCUAUUUGCUUCAACGUCCAUUAAACCAUUGGUUGCUAUACGUCCUAGUGCUUCCCCGGGUCUAGCAUGUGUGUGAAUGAUCUUCCAUAAAAAGCCUCCGAAAGUGAUAUAUGAAUGCUCCAGUGAUAAUUGUUAUUGUACAUGAACUAUUCCAGCCGUAGAUGUUUUUCUCAAUUUUUUUUUUUCCGUGAGCUAAGGACAAAACCCAAGGAUGCCCUUUCGAGUUUAACUUAGCGAGACGGUCCAUGAUCGAUCAUACAUUAUUCUUCAUGAAACUUGACUUCCAUAGUCCAAUGAGGAAACCAACAAUCAACAUAUCUCAUUUCCAAUCUGGAAGAAGUAGAUGGUGUAGUAAUCCCAUAAAUAAUUGAUGUUCUGCUUUAACCAUCUAACAAGUCUGACAUAGACACAAUGUAGUUACAUCUUCCUAUUUUUUUUUUCUGCCAGAAACUACACUUACUCAGCUAGCAACAACUGAUGCUUUCCAAGCUUACCUAACACAAUCUGUAAAUGCUCAGCAUGCUCUUCUCUGCUCCGAGAAUGAAUCAGGAUGUAGUCGAUGAAUACAAUUGCGCACUUAUCUAAGUGUUCUCAAAAAUGUCACUCAUAAGCUUCACGAAUGCUAACGGUGCAUUCGUCAAGCUAAUGGAUAACAUUAUAACUCAUAAUAUCCAUAACAUAUACAAAAAUCCACAUCGGUAGAUACUCCUCAGGUAUGACAAUCUGAUGGUAUUCUGAUGCAAGUCAACCUUCAAGAACUAUGUACCUCCUGUAGGUAAUCCAACAACUCAUCAAUACGCGGAAACAAUACUUAUCCUUUGGUCACUUUGUUCAGACCUCUGUAGUCGAUACAAAUUCUGAAACUCUCAUCUUUCUUCUUCACAAAUAAUAAUGAUGCUCCUCACGAUGAAGUACUUGGUCUUGUAAAACCCUUGUUUGAUGAAUCUUUCAUAUGCUCUUUCCACUCGGUCAUCUCUGCUGGCGCUAAUUGGUAUAGAAAAUCGUGAAACCGGUGUCGUCCUUGACUCCAACUCGAUCGCAAGAACGUCUCCUCUAGCUGGCAGUGAUCCUUUUAAAGCCUCAAAUACAUCCUCAUACUUUGUAAUAUCUGAAAAUCCUGUAACUCAUGAUGUCCAUCAUCCUUAACCAUCAAAAUGUUCGCCAAAAAUCCAUUUACUCCUAUAUCCAAUAACUCCUCAGCAUGUAGCAUGUAGACAAUACAACCUCUCAUCGGAUCCAUGAAUAAGAACUCUUUCCACUCAGGCAAAUCAACACUACCUGAUGUCAUGACAUCCAAUCCUUCUCAAGAAUGACAUCACAUAAACUCAGCUCCAUCUCUGAUGAAUCUCCGAAUAACUCGACUCCUCCAUGCAUAAAUGGUACAACUCGUACAUCAAUAUCUCUCAAUGUCCUAUGUUAGCUGUCCGAACUGACACACCUCUGAAACGGUCAACAAUGCCAAAAACUGGCAAGCAAAGCCAAGUGUAACUCCAAUAUGAACAUAACGCAAGCCGCUGCACCCUAAUUCAAAAGCGAUCUCCACGAGUUCACAAACCAAAUAUACCUCCAAUAUAGUCAAUAAACUUGUAUACACAACAACACAUGCCAACCAAUGGCUCAUACGUCACACCAUGUAAUCUCCAGUAACAAAAACUCGUGGCAAGAUUGCUUGAAGUAGGGUGGAAGCAGAAACGUCACAUAUCCACUCCUGGAUAAUCUCGGAAUCAUGACCGAAGAAACUGAUAACUUCUGAGAAAACUGACGAACUGAGACAUCACCCAUCUGCUGUUGAACAUCUGGCUAGAACCCUGUUAGUCGAAAGAUGAAUGACGAUGACUUUACUCAUCGUCAUCGAAAGAGACAAUUGAGUUAGUAAUUACUGGACAAAAUGGUGCUAAAAGAACUUCGCAAACAUUUUUUUUAAUUAUAUAUAUAUAUAUAUAUAUAAAAAUUAUUUUUAUACUUUUUCUUUAAACGUAGAAAAACUGAAUCCCCUAAUCGUCAUCCCGGGACGGAACCCCGCUCUGAUACCAAAUUGUGACACCCGUCACCUCCUAUCUGGAGAACAGCGUGCCACCAACAAUAUCACGUAUAAUAAAAGCCCAUAUACCCAAUUACACUCACCCAAAGCCCAAAUAAAAAAAUCCGAAUAAAAAGCCUAGUAGCACCAGUUCCGUCCAAAUAUCAUAUACUCGUUUGUCUCACCUGAAAUGGGGAAGAAAGAGGGGUGAAUAACAGGGGAGUCACUCAGUGAGGUAUGGGAUGCUAUCCCGAAGUCCGUAGACCCGGACAUAGCACUCUGAAUAAAUAUAAUUUAUCCUAAUACAUGCCAAACACGGUACCUAAAGCACCCAAGAAACAAACAAUGGUCCUAGCGACCUGCCCACUAACAGGCCAAAAAUACCCUCGAAAAAGUGCUCGGUCACACACGCCCGUAGACGAUUUAUCGACCUACAGGCUACGAUCAACAGGUCGACUAUAGCUGACCAUAACCUCUAUACAAUCCGGGCUACAGAUAAACACCUCUCUGUACCCGGCACCCGACAUACAGAUAAAGACCUCUCUGUAUCCGGCACAAACACAUCAAAAUAUAUAUAUACUAUAUAUAUACAUGAAUAUAUCAAAUUAAUUCACACAAGCAAUGUUGAAUCAUCUGAUUUCUUAUUUCCGGUUUAAGCAAAGAACCUAAAAACUAAACAAGCAAUGACAGACUCGAUGUCAGACAGACGGAACAUAUUAGAAAUAAAUUAUACUUAUUCAAGGUCUUAAGCCGUGUAUGAGAAGUUCGGGAAUAGACCCUCACCUUAGCCAAAAUUGGAGAUGAAUCACAAAAAUGAUCCAAGAUCUCGUCCAACAAGACUCAGUCCAACUUUAGAAUUAAUUACUUGAAAUACAAGUAACGCUAAAGUUGCAUGAUUGCAUCCUGCGCGCAUGUGCAUGAAUAAGGUUUACGUUAUAUAUUUUUCUUGCAACACAAGGACCAAUAACAAUGGUACUUAACCUCACGGCUUAAGCUUCUCGGACUCCGUCGACGGAAGCUGUGACUCAGGUGGCUCACGGUUCAUAAUGGUGUUGAUCGGUGUUGGUAGUGUCGAGACGCUGACGGAUCUGGUUUCACUCUCUUUCUUAGUCUCCGCCUGUUCACGUUAUUGAACAAAAGCAUGGUAAUAUCGAUGGAUCUAUUGCAACAAGAUUAUGACAGUGGCAUGACGACGGCUCCGGUGGUGAUAGUGAAGAUGAUGACUCCGGUGGUGGGACACGGCUUGAUAAUGGUGGCUGGAUCAAACUCCGGUGAUCACGGCAAUGGUCGCGAUGGUGCUGGCACGGUGAUGCGACAAUGCAAGCUGACACUCCGGUGAUGAACCGAUCACAUCCUUAGAGAUUGGCGCUGGUGGUGAUAAAACGUGACGGCUCUCUCUCUAACCCACGAUGCGUUUUUUUAUUAGGUUUAAGAAGGAGAUAUAUACACAUGCAUAUAUAGCACGGUUUAAGAAAUGGUCUGGUACAAUUAAUUAACAAAUGAAUCACACCGGUUUGGGUGAACCGGGUCGUUACAAUUUACAUAUAGGUAGCAUCGCACAUAAUAAUAAACUAGAUUUCCACCCGCACAACCGUGCGGGUAUAUAUUUUCACAUUUAUAUAUAUAAAUAUUUGUUUUACAUAAUUAUUAUAUAUUUUUAAUAUUACUCACAUAUUU